ACUCAGCAUUCGGCAAAGGACCUGCCGAACGGCCCAUGAGGCAGAAGCACAGAGCGAUUUGGUUGCCUGCCUGACGUCACACAGAAGGAAGUGUGGGCUAAUGAGUAGCCCAAGGUAGCCUGGCUCCUGGGGCUCUGUGGGUCUGAGCCCCUGCCUCACCCUGUGUAACCCCUGCGUCUCUGUGGCUAGUGGUUUUCUCUUCCCUUAAAUGGUUUCCCUGAGAUACUUUUGUCACACACCUACACUGCCAUUCAUUUGUGGGCUGCUCUGUGGUUGUCUGUCCCGCUGGACAGCUGAAAGGCAGGGAGCUGCACCUUGCCUCGGGUUCCCCGGGUGCCCAGUUCACGGUCUCCAGCUCUGGCCAGUGUCGUAAGACCCGCUCCUCAGUUCUCCCCUGGGCAGGUUCCACUCAGUGUAGUAAGAGGAGGCUUUGUUCGCCCCGCUCAGUACCAUGAGUCCACCCAGCCCCACAGGCUGCACCAGCUGGCCUCAGGAGGCCUGGUCCCGCCCCACGUCGGACCUACUGCCUGUACCCCGAGUCUCCUCGAACCCACUCAACAGUGCCAGGAGAUCCCGGCCUACCCGCAGGCCACGCCCACCCCACCUGUCCCUGGAGGUCGGUCCUGUGUAGCCGGCCCCGCCCCCAGACCUGUGCAACACAAUCCUGGCGUCCCUGCAGGCCACGCCCCGGGCCUGAACCCAGAGGUCCAGACUGCUAGGCUGGACACAGGAGGCCCCGCCCCCUCCACCGGUCCCCGCCCCUUGUGGGCUUCGGGGACGCGGGCGGGCAGCCGGGCGCGCGCGCAUUCGGAGGAAUACGGCCGGGUGGGCGGUUUCCCGCCGAGGAGAGCUGCGGCUUUGCCUUUGCCUGGCUCCCAGCUGCGCCGGGCCGUGGCCGAGUCCCGAGUCCCGGAGUCACCGGCCGUCAGCAGCUGACCCCGCACAUUUCGCGAAGCGGGGAUCCUGCGCAUAGGGAGCCGCGGGCGCCACCAGCUCGCUGCGCGGUUCCAGGGCCGCCGCCUCCCCCCACCGCAGCGCGCAGCAUCCGGGCGAAGCUACAGACGUCCUGGCCUCUUGCCUGCUGCUCUCAUGAGAAAAACCAACAUGUGGUUCUUGGAGCGGUUUCGGGGGUCCGGGGAGAAUGGAGCUGGUCGUGGUAUUGGCAGUGAAGCUGGGGAGAAGUCUUCUAAGGGCCCGCUGUACAGCAACGUGCUGACACCGGACAAGAUCCCGGACUUCUUCAUCCCCCCCAAACUGCCCUCAGGACCCACAGAGGUAGAGGGUCAGGCUGAGCUGGGCCCAUCCAUGUCGGAGCAGAACCUGGCAUCGCCUGGGCCCCGUCGAGCCCCUCGCAGCCCCCGGCUGCCAGUCAAGCUCGCCUCAGAGAGCAGGAACCUUCUGAAGGCGGCCACACGCCAUGUCAUUCAGAUAGAGAGUGCAGAGGACUGGCCAGCCGAGGAGGCCACUAACGCUGACCCACAAGCCCAGGGUGCCAUGUCCCUGCCCUCUGUCCCCAAGGCCCAGACCUCAUAUGGCUUUGCAACGCUAGCUGAGAGCCCCCACACCAGGCGCAAGGAGUCCCUCUUUCAUAGUGAGCAUGGGGCCCUGGCCCAGGUGGGCUCUCCUGGUACUGGGCGCCGGCGAGGAGGUGCCAAGCCCAAUGCAGGGGAUGGGGGAUCCCGGGAGGCUGGGGGUGCCCUGAUGAGCCCCAGUCGUUACUUUAGUGGUGGGGAGAGUGACACAGGGUCCUCAGCUGAGUCUUCCCCCUUUGGGUCCCCUCUUCUCUCUCGUUCUGUGUCCCUGCUCAAGGGUUUUGCCCAGGACAGCCAGGCCAAGGUGAGCCAGCUGAAACACUCAGUGGGCCGUCAUGGUUCACUGUCUGCUGACGACAGUACCCCUGACACCAGCCCGGGUGUCAGGCGCCGCCUGACUCGCAGGGCCACCCCGGAGCCGGGCUCUGAGUCGGGCCAGGCGGCACGUGGGGAGCACACCAUACGGAUGGGCACCAGGGGCAGUGUGCGACUGCUGGCUGAGUAUGAGGCAGCUCAGGCCCGCCUGCGUGUUCGCCUGUUGGCCGCAGAGGGUCUGUAUGACCGGCCCUGUGAUGCCCGGAGCAUCAACUGCUGCGUCGGGCUGUGUCUCGUACCUGGCAAGCUACAAAAACAGCGCAGCACCAUCAUCAAGAACAGCCGCCACCCCAUCUUCAAUGAGGACUUCUUCUUCGAUGGCCUGGGGCCAGCCAGUGUUCGCAAGCUGGCUCUCAGGAUCAAGGUGGUCAACAAGGGUGGCAGCCUCAAGAGGGACACGCUGCUGGGGGAGGAAGAGUUGCCUCUGACCUCACUGCUCCCCUUCCUGUGAGGUUUACCUGCUCCUUCCUCCAUUGGAGGUCAGCUGGGAGACAGCGAGGGGGAGGGGGGGGUCUGGGCUCCGCCUGUGACCUGGUGUUUCCUGCGUGUCUGCAGAACCACCACCCUCCCCCUUUGCCUUGUGACACUGCCUGGCCCUUCCACACAGAGAGAUUGCAGGUUGGGGUUCCAGGAUCUCCGCGACUGAGACAGCUGGGACUCAGCCGAGCUCCCCUAGUGUAGACUGGCCUCAGUUUUUAUCUUUGCUGCACGAAUGUCUUCACCCAGUGUGGCUACCAUGCGAUCUGCCCAGACUCUGUCUGCCUGUGACAUCCCCCCAGCCUGUGGCUACUUCCCCACCUUGCAGGUUCCAAACCUGCCUUCCCAGCAGGCCCUUGGCCAACCCCCCCACCCCAGGGGGAGUGUAAGUAGGAUGUGGCUGUGGAGGGCAGGAGGGGUGGGGCUGGGCCCUGGCUGUGGCUUGCCUAUAUUGGACAGACACCCGGGUUACUAGGGUCUCCAAAUGGGCUGCCAGGUUUGGUACAAAUUCUGUCAUUGAAAAUUGGCUGCCCCUUUGGGCAUUGAUGGACCAGUGUAUUUCCGUGGGCCCCACAAUGUCCCUUUCUACUUGACUGUACCCCCAAACUCCAGGCAUCAAGGUCUUUCUUAGAGAAGGGUGCAGGAACUGAUUUCCUAGGACCCUCAAGGGACCAGCCCUCCCCAUGCCUGGUCUCCACUGUCUCUGGAACCUGGGGAUGUCAUCCAUGAUGGUGAACAGAGGGGUCCUGCAUGGAGUUCCCCAGCAGUCUUGCUGCCCUCCCCGGUUCUCCCUGGGUCCCAUUUUCUACACCUUGCACUGUUUGAUAGCUUUGUGUUUGCAGUUGACUGUGUGUGAACCUUGAAGACACCUCCCCCAAAUGUGUUUGUUUAUAAUGCUGUUUUUAGUGAAAUAAAGGUGUCUGGAUUA